GAACACAGACGAGCUUGCAAAAUCAGCAGUACAGAAAAUAAAUUCAGGGAAGUCGGACACUUUGAUGCAAUCAAGAAUCUUGCUUGCAUAAGGACGUGUAAAGUACAACCCACUCAACGCAGACAUCACAACAGCACAGGAAGACUGUUACAACCGAAUAAGGAUACGAUGUCUGAUGUGAGUGAAUCUGAAAGUUGUUCCAUUCACAAGAUGCCCCUCGACCGAGAGUGCAUAACGCACAAGAGGCGGAUCUGCUCGGGGUGUAGUAUCGUCGAGCACAAAUCUUGCCAGCAGUUUGAUUGUAGUAUUCCUCUACAAGACUUCGUAGCAUCUGUUUCAAGAGUUUGUGAACUUAUCAAAUGCCAACUGUACAUGUUGGGGAAAGAGAAACACACAUCUGAAAAUUUGGUGAAGGACAGAUGCCGUCUUUUUCGUGAAAUGAUUGACAGCAUGGAGAAACGGUCCUUGCAAGAUAUUGACAAUGGCUAUCAGAAACAAGCAGCUCAGCUGCGAGAAUAUCAAAGUAAAUUUGACUGUUAUCAAAAUAUUCGCUCUGAUGUUGAAGAAGUUGAGAAUACACAAAACGAUGCUUUACGUUCUUGUUUGGUGUCAAAACUGACCGCCAUGGAGAAAGAGCCACAAAUUACAACAUUAAGCAAAAUGGCAGAUGAUUUCUUGAGAAUGGAAGCCCCGCCUUAUCUUAUGAAAUUUCAAAUAUCUGAGGGCUUGGAGCAGGCGAUUUUACAGCCUAGACGUAUUGGCAAUGUCUCUUUGUCCAACUUGAUUCAAAACGAAAAGGCGCCAGAAAAACAGCAGCUAACAGAUGAACAUGAGGCGUACCAAAUAAUUCCACCAACAGCACCUGCGUAUUCUGAUUUCACCAGCCUUCCAAAUUAUGGAGAUAUCUUUCAAGGUCAUGAAGCAAGGGGGGUACUAGGACCAACACCUCCUCUUCAUCCAAUGACAUCAACGCAAAGGGUUGAUAAACCUUCACCCGACUUUCACACGGGGGCUAAGUGCCAACCUUCAGUGCAGCCCGUACAACAAGGCAUUGAAGCAAUUGGUCUUUCUGGUGGACCAACGGCAUCUCCAUAUGGUCACCUUCACGGACAACCUUACCAGGACCCAUACCAAGAGCUCUCAAUGGGUCGUCCCGAAUUUGUUCAUCCAUAUCAACAAGUUAAUCCUGAGCCAAGGCAGAUUCCAGAUAGCCUGACAUCAUUUUUAUCAGCUCCAGAUGGACCACCGAAGCAACUUAAGUUUCUAUCCAACAUCCAUCCAAGAUAUAUGAAUGAGAUAGAUGCUGCUACAAUUUCUGGAGUUUGUUUUCUUGAAAAUGGUUAUGUUGUUUUGUCCGAUAAAUCCAAUGGCGCGGUUAAAGUCUAUGAUGACAUGAAUGUUUUGGUUAUGUUUAGAAAGCUUGGUCAUAAACCCUAUGACGUCACCCAGGCUCCUUCCGGUGAUAUAGCUGUUGCUUUACCAAAGGAACACAGUGUCAACAUACUGUCGUUGCGUGACCUGUCUACGGUUCCCAAUGGUUGGAUAAAUAACCACAAAGGCAAAUGCUUCGGUCUAACGUCAACAGAUACUAACAUAUUUGUUAUUUGGAAGGAAAACGACGCCAAAGAAUACAUAUCUGUAUACAGUAGUAAUUACACCGAGAUAAGAAAGAUCAACGUAUCUGUCGAACGCUCGCUGGCUGUCAAUCCAGCAACUCAAGAUGUAUUCUAUCGAGUUCUGAAUUUCGGAAACGACCAGAUUAAAUGCAUCAACCCCUUUAGUAGUGACAAGAAGAAAUGGAAAGUGAAAGUUCCGUCAUGGAAAGCGGUAAUCGAGGGAUUGGCGGUCCUGAAGGCUGGAAUCUUGAUCUCAACGACUUCAGCCGUACAGUUUAUGGACUUUAACACCCAGACCUUCACCCCCAUUAUGAAAUUAAAAAAUGGUGGCCACUUGGCGGUCAACAGAAAUCGCUCUAAAGUAGCUUUGGUGAUAGAUGAAUCAGAUUCUUUAGAUGACAAGGACGACAUUGUGGGGAUCUAUGAUCUCGUAUAUUAAUAAAAAUUCUCUCUCUCUCUCUCUCUCUCUCUCUCUCUCUCUCUCUCUCUCUCUCUCUCUCUCUCUCUCUCUCUCUCUCUCUCUCUGAGGAACAGAUUAAUGGAACCCCAUUGCCCUGGGGAAAACAUCUGGAUCCAUGCAUGAGGUUCUCCUAAAUGAACAAAUUUACUUUAACCGAUGACUGGACUUCAGCAGCUGUUAAACAAUGAUUACGAAACCAAAAAUUCCAUUUAGUGAUAUAUAAAGAACUUUUAAGACUAGAUUUGGUAAUAAAAAAAACAUUAAUAAACUGCCUUUUAAACUUUUUAGAUAAAAUCUUGAAACAACCCACCUUUAUUCCAACAGAGACUGGAAAAUGUUAAAUAUUAAGCUUGCUUAUUUUUUUUUUAUUUGGGAUAUACUGCUGAUUAAUUUCAUAAUAUCCAGGAAUAUGAAGCCAUGGAACUUUAUAAAAAAUUAUUUAAAAGCAAGAUGUUGCGUGUACAUCAGCAAAUGUAAUUAAAUUUUGUGCGCUUGUGUUAACUACAAAUUACAUAUAAUUAUAACAUUACAUGUAGUAUGCAAUGUCGAAUAGUCUUUCCUCCAUGUCUUCUGUGUUGUUGUUUUCUGGGGGGGGGGGGGGGUCCUCAAUUAACACACAUUUUUAUAUAACGUUAUAUCUCUACAUAGUGUUUUGUACAGUUACUCCAAGAAAGCAAGAAAGUGUAUUUAAUAAUGUAGUCGUAAUAUUCAGCAUGCUCCUCAUGUGCAUAUACCAUUUAUUUUUGUAUAAAACAAAUUAAACUUUAACCAUUUCGCUAAUUUGGAUGUUCGUGUAUUUUUUUGUGCACCUUAAUUGAAAUGAUUCCUUAAUCAUAAAAAAUAACUACAUG